GGAGUGGUGUGAGACGGAACCGGAAGUAGGACAAGAAGUGGCUGAUUUUUUGGCGGUAGCGCAUAAUCUGAUUUGUGACUGGAUGGCAACGGAAGGGGAUACUGACGGGAUUGUAUGAGGAAGAGUUCCAUGUCGUCCACACUCCAUAUCAGAAGGUGGCGGUAAUGCAAAGUAGAAGGUUGCUUGCCAACUGCCAUUAAACUAAAGAAGAAGAAGAAGAAGAAGAAAACGCGUACAUGACAGCCAAAUAUCUCAACUCUUACGUGUUAUAAAAGAGCCUAAAGACGACGUGCGCAAACAAACAGGAAGUCUUGCUCUUUCGUUCCCUCAAAGAUAAACAGGCGCCAAUUCGAUCGUUUGGAAUAACAAGUGCAUACACUUAUAAAGCAAAGUGUGUAUUCCAACCACCUUCCUCGAGGGUUAUGUUUUUUAACAUCAGAAAUUGCCUGCUAUUUAUUGGUUUUCUGCCUAAACAUGAUGGAUGUUAUCCGGUUUCUCCGAAGCCAAAAGGUCAAGCUGAUAGAAAUUCUCAGCGCGGAUGCUGACUUUGUUGUGCAGCACGCGGACUCUCGUUCUCUGCUGUCUCCCGCGGGAUACGAGCAGGUGCAAGCAUGCAGAAUUUCAAGUGAGAAAGUGGUGCUGCUCCUUGAUCACAUCAUCAAGAGAGGGCCUGUGUCAGCAUGGGGACUGCUGGAGUUACUGAAGGAGCCACCGCUGCAAGAAACUUUCCCGAUGCUGGACUCUUUGAAGAAUCAGCAAGUCGACUCAUUGGCGUGCGAUACCCAGAGAAAAAGAAAGUUAGUUCCUGAUGUUAAACAUGAGACUAUUACACACAUUAAAAUAUGCAAGAAAGAAGAUUCUCACAUCGUGUCGGAAAGGCAGCUGAUGAUCGUCGCAUGCGGCAUGGGACGAUCUUGGAGAGAAAUCGGCAGGCUGGCUUUGCAAAUCCCCACGGUGAGGCUGGAGCAGAUCGAAGAGGACCAUUCCAUCCUGAAGGAGCGCGCGUUUGCAAUGCUAAACUAUUGGAGGAUAUGCCAGAGGAAAAAGGCCACUGCCGCUUACCUGCACUCCCUGCUUAGUCAAAAAGACUGGGCACUGCCUCCUGAGAGAAUUGACUUUCUUUUAGAGACCAACUGAGGCAUUUUUAAACAUUCCUUUUCAAAGGAAACUUUGGGUAUGAUGCCUCCCUACUUUUCACAUUCAACAAUUAUGGUGAUAUCUUCUACAAGCCUCAACAUAAAUCCAAUAGCUGGCAGUGAAAUUCCAUUUUAAACUUUUCAACCCUU